AUGACUUUCCCACAGCUCCCAGACUUUCUGUGGGAUAAGAAAACAGUCAUUACUGCCAUAUUUGACCCUGGCUACCCAAUACAAGUUUUCUUCUUCUUUCUACUCCUCAUAACUCUGGUCACUCUACUCAUUGUAAUCUGUAAAGUCACUAAAUACAAAGGCAAUAAGAACAUAGAACCAGGAGCAAUUCUGCUGGCAUAA